AUGGCGGAAAAAGAGGCUACAGUUUACAUUGUGGACAUGGGAAAGUCCAUGGGCGAGCGUCACCAUGGCCGCUCCGUGACUGAUCUCGAAUGGGCCAUGCAGUAUGUCUGGGAUAGGAUCACCUCCACGGUGGCUAACGGUCGCAAGACUGCUACAUUGGCUGUGGUUGGGCUCAGGACAGAUGAAACUCACAAUGAGCUCGAUGAGGAGGCCAACUACCAUAAUAUCUCAGUUCUUUCAGAUUUGGGCCAAGUCCUUAUGCCUGAUAUUCGGAGGCUCCGAGAAAUAAUCAAGCCCAGUCGGACUAACAGAGGCGAUGCUAUCUCUUCAAUUGUCAUCGCCAUGCAGAUGAUCAUCACCUACUGCAAGAAGCUGAAAUACAAGCGGAAGAUUGUCUUGGUGACGAAUGGCACCGGCUCUAUGAGCAAUGAGGGCCUGAAGAGCAUUGUUUCAAAACUUCAAGAAGAAAACAUUGAGCUGGUGAUCAUUGGGGCUGAUUUCGACGACCCCGAGUAUGGCGUCAAGGAAGAAGAUAAAGACAGUGCAAAGGCUGGAAAUGAGGCUCUUCUCCGUGUACUCGCUGAAGAUUGCGAUGGAGUGUAUGGAACGCUGGAGCAAGCCGUCUCAGAACUAGACAUUCCCCGAAUCAAGGUGACCAAGAGUAUGCCAUCUUUCAAGGGGCAUCUACAGCUUGGUAACUCGGAAGAAUAUGACACGGCAAUUCGCAUACCCGUUGCGCGAUACUUCCGUACCUACGUCGCCAAACCACCUUCAGCAAGUUCCUUCGUGUUGCGCUCUGGAACUGAAGCUGGGCAGGAAUCUGCCGCCGGAAGUCAGGCUCCGGGUGAAGGCGAUACACUGACAACAGUACGGAUGUCCCGAACCUAUCAAAUCAACGAUCCAAAUGCUCCGGGUGGAAAGACAGAUGUGGAACGAGAUGAUCUGGCAAAGGGGUACGAGUACGGACGUACGGCAGUUGCUAUCGAACAGACGGAUGAAAAUGUCACGAAUCUGGAGACCUUCGCAGGCAUGGAAAUUAUUGGCUUCAUCCAGAGCGACAAGUACGAUCGAUACUUGCACAUGUCCAACACCAAUGUCAUCAUCGCCGAGCGGGCAAAUGACGCCGCAUCACUUGCAUUGUCCUCGCUUAUACAUGCACUAUAUGAGCUGGAGUCAUUUGCCGUUGCUCGAUUGGUGGCCAAAGAAAACAAGCCCCCUAUGCUUAUCUUGCUGGCCCCCUCUAUCGAGCCAGACUACGAAUGCCUGCUUGAAGUGCAGCUUCCAUACGCUGAAGAUGUACGAUCGUAUCGCUUCCCGCCUUUAGAUAAGAUCAUUACAGUCUCUGGUAAGGUGGUGACUGAGCACCGCAACCUCCCAAGUGACAGCUUGAGGGAUGCAGUGAGUGAUUACGUGGACAACAUGGAGUUAGAAACUACAAACGACGAAGGCGAACCCACUAACGAACUUCCAAUCGACGAAUCAUUCUCCCCACUACUACACCGACUGGAAUCAGCCGUUCGAUAUCGCGCAGUGCACCCGAACGAUCCAGUUCUUGAUCCCUCGGAACGGCUCACCCAAUUUGCCCGGCCUUCAGAAGAACUGGUCAGAAAGUCCAAAUCUUACCUCGAAAGAUUAAUCUCAACAGCAGAUAUCAAGAAGGUCCCACCGAAAACAAAGGGCCGCAAACGCCAACGCGAAACCGAGAAACCCCUCUCAGGCUUAGACGUCGACGCCCUCCUAAGCCUAGAACCAAAGCGCACAAAGAUUUCCUCCGAAAACGCAAUCCCAGAAUUCAAACAAACCCUCUCACGCGCAGAUAGCAUCAACGCAAUCCACGAUGCCGUAAAGCAAAUGGCCGAAAUCAUCGAGACCCAAAUCAAGCACAGUCUCGGCGAUGCGAACUACGACCGAGUCGUCGAGGGACUUGGUACUAUGCGCGAGGAACUGGUUGACUACGAAGAGCCAUUUUCUUAUAAUGACGUCCUGCGUACGCUCAAGGGCAAGUUAUUGGCGGAGGUGCUUGGUGGGGAUCGGAGGGAAUUGUGGUGGCUUAUUCGGCGGAAUAGGUUGGGGCUUAUUGAUAAGAGUGUUGUGGAGAGCUCGGGUGUUUCUGAGGCUGAGGCUCAAGAGUUCCUUGCUGCUAACUAG